AUGGCGCACAAGCAAGCUCUUCAAAAAUCCUUAGAGGAGACUAAAGUCCAGUACAAGAACCUGGGCAACUCCGGUCUCAGGAUCUCUGUGCCCAUCCUAGGAGCAAUGUCCUUCGGCGACCCCAACUGGAACUCCUGGGUCAUUGAUGAGUCCAAAGCCCUUCCACUACUAAAAGCAGCCUACGACCGUGGCCUCAACACAUGGGACACCGCAGACAUCUACUCCAACGGCAAGUCAGAAGAGAUCAUCGGCAACUUCAUGAAACAGUAUGACAUCCCUCGCCACAAGCUCGUCAUCAUGACCAAGUGCUUUGCGCAUAUCGGCGAGGAGUACUCGUAUCAGAACGAGCCCGAGAUGCAGAGGUCGAAGGACUAUGUCAAUCAUGGUGGCUUGUCUCGUCAAGCUAUCUUUCGGGCGAUCGAUGCGAGCUUGAAGCGGUUGCAGACCGACUAUGUGGAUGUGUAUCAGAUUCACCGGUUCGAUCCGACCGUGCCGAUUGAGGAGACGAUGACUGCGCUUCACGAUCUGGUUCGUGCUGGGAAGGUGCGGUACAUUGGAGCUUCGUCUAUGAGGGGCACUGAAUUUGCUCGGAUGCAGCAUGUUGCCGAGUUGAAGGGGCUCACCAAGUUCGUCUCAAUGCAGAAUCACUACAGCUUGCUGUACAGGGAGGAAGAGCUGGAGAUGAACAACUUCUGCAACGCGACUGGUGUCGCUUUAGUCCCAUGGGCACCUCUCUGCCGCGGACAUUUGGCCAGACCAUUAGACACCUCAACCGAACGCUCCACCAAAGAGGGUCCCGGCAAGACUGGCUACGGUGAGCUCGGCUUCACUGAGGUCGACAAGAAGAUCAUCGGGCGGGUCCAAGAGCUCGCCGAGAAGAAGGGGUGGACCAUGAGCCAGGUAUCAUUGGCGUGGAUCAACAAGAGAUGUGCUUCACCGAUUAUUGGGUUCUCGAGUGUGGACAGACUAGAGGAUGCUCUUGGUGCGAAAGACAAGGUCUUGACAGACGAGGAGGAGAAGUACCUGGAGGAGCUGAAAUACCAAGCUCUACAGGCCGUUGCUCUCGCAUGCAGCGCAACGAGAUACGACGGACGUGUUAUCGCUACCUCCUCGCAUGAAGAUGGAGACAAAGACAUUGAUGAUCUUGCUGGGUACUCGACUUCCCUUCUGCCAAUAUUUGAAGAGAUUAACGACCUAAAUCAGGCUCGAGAAACACCAAACACUGGCUUCAUCUGCAAUGCCGAGCCUGGUCCACCACACUUCGACUGCACUUCACUACUCGAGCAUCGCUCACAUCUGCUGUUCGAUCGGAUCACGGCCCUGUUGGCGGAGCGCAGCAGAUCAGGCUUGCAGAAGAGUGGGAAGUACCCUAGUGCUGUGUCCCAGGACUUCUAUCACUUGGACGAGGCAUAUCACCACAUGGCUAUCCUGCAAGUCUUUCGGCGAGGGUCCUUGUCGGUUCCCUUCGCAGUCAUCGACAACAGUAGGCAGACUAUAUUGAAGUGCCUGGAGGCAAUAGAGUAUCGAGCAAAUCCGUGUCCAGGCGUGGCUGCUCUGCCUCCACUCUUCGUGGCUGGGAGCUUGUGCAGCGAUGCUGUUGACAGGAUGAGGGUUCGGAAGUUGCUGAAAACAAUGUGGAUGAGGAAUAGUAUGGGCAACGUCAGGCAGUGUCGAGUUGUCCUCGAGCAAUGGUGGAAAGAGCGUGAUGAGGGACGAUCUGCAGAAAGCUUUGGUAGCGAUGCGAGGGCCGGCGGCGAGUAUGAUGAGGUAACGACUCUCUGGACAGUGGAUGUGCUUCCAUAUUGA